ACCACGGUGCUACACAUGUGAGCGAAAACACUUCUCUGCUUCUAAUUUAAAUGAUAAAUGCUUAGUACAUAUUUUUUCACCCGGUGCUUGACACCUUGACAUUUAUAGCGAAUUUUACAUUUUAUACACAUAUUUCAUAGCUUUCACAAUAAUGUUGGCUAAAGAAGACAAGGUAAAGCCUCCGAGGGAACGAGAAAAGAAACGAAAGAACCAUGAAAAUGUGGGAAAUGAAGGAGGAAAUAAGAAGAAGAGAGAGAGUUCUAAAACUCCGGGAGGCAGAGAAAAGAUGCGGCUAGACGCCCUGAGUGUCGGCUACUUCCGAAGAGUGGGAGAACGACUUGGUGAAGGAUUCGUAGACGACGAAGAAAGAGCCAUGUUUGUGGAAAAUGUCCUGUCCGAGGUCAAAGGUAAAGCCUCUUUGGUUGCAAUGGAUCGCACAGGAAGCAUCACACUGCAGAACCUGCUCACUGUCUCGAGUCUGGACCAGGUGGGGGAGGUUCUGUCAGAGCUUGAAGGUGAAUCUGGCUUAAAAACGGUCUCCUGUGACCGCUGUGGAGGCCACAUAGUGGAGAGCGCCAUAAGACAGAUGUCGAGGUGGCAGGAGAGUGCGAGGCCUUCCAUCUCUGAGGAAGAGGAGGAGGUCGCAGGAGUGCUGGAGACUCAGGUGCUGUCUUUGAGUCUCGUGGUGAGAGAAAACUGUGCCGAGUUCAUCAAGCACCCACAUGGCUCGCACGUGGUCCGUACACUUCUACAUGUCCUGGUGGGCUGCCUGGGACCCCCACGCUCUGAGUCCAAACCUGGUACAAAAGUGGACCGGAGCGUAGCCCCGCAGCUCAUAGACUUUGAGAUUCCUCCAUCAUUCUGGUAUGAAAUGAAGAACCUCACAGACACUUUGAUGGACAAUGUGAAUUUGAGUGUCACAGACGCAGUGGCCAGCGCUGUAUUCCAAACCAUGUUGACCGUGUGCCACAGAAAGCGGCCCAUACUUUGCAAACAGCUCCUUAAACGCACCAUGGCCUACCUGGCGAGUCGCAGCGCUGCCCCGGGAGUCAGUCCGCUGCUGGUCUUCCUCAAAGACCAGGCCUCCAGUCACCUGGUGGAGACCAUCAUCCAGCUCUCCCACAAGCCUCUGCUUCGAGACCUCUAUAAGAAUCACCUGAAGGGUCAGCUGGUCGACCUCGCUCUGCAUCCCAUUGCCAACUUUCCCAUCCAGAGGCUGACCGCAGCUUCAGCCAAGUACAAGUUUUUCCCAAAGUUGUUCGAUGAGCUGGUUCAAGGACUGGAGGCCAUAAUGGCGGUGGGCCACAUGGGUGUGAUUGUGCAACUGGCAGAAAGCUGUGCCGAGAAUGAAACGCGGCAAGUGGAGAUGAUGCGGAGUCUGCUGUCUGCCUUCCACUGUGCGGAGCCAGGCACCAGACACACCAGCUGCCUCCCCCUCUUCCUGUCGCUGCUCACCUAUGAUGUGUACUACCACGCUGACGCAACUGAGGGCAGCACAGUGACUGAGGUCCCGCUCUCGUCCAUCUGCUACCACGGUUCUCGUCUGGUCCAGGCCCUGGCCAAGUUCAAGGAGCGUUCCCUUCUGCUCAGCAGCCUCCGCACGCUGACCCCGGAUGACCUCCUGACUAUGGCCUGCCACCCGUCUGGCAGUCACGUCUUGCAGGCGCUGAUCACCACAGCGAGCGACAAGGGACGAGGCAAGAUCCUGAAGAGACUGGAGGGUCAGUUUGUGAAAAUGGCCUGCUCCAGGUUGGGCAGUCGGGUCCUAGAAGCAGUGUGGAACAGCGCCACCCUCAGUCAAAGGCAGAGCAUUGCGCAGGAGCUCGUGCCCAGUGUGAACCAGCUGAGGUCGGAUCAGUUUGCGCGGCACGUCUGUGCCAAGUUCGCUCUCUCCCACUUCAUCCACAGACGAGCCCACUGGCAGGAAAUCCAGACCGGGGAGUCGAAGAAACGGAAGCUUUUUAGUGACAUUCUUGAGUGAAAUAAUGUUUUCUUUUGCAUCUGUGGAUAUGGUUUAAUAAAAAGGAAACAGUCUGA